AUGGCUAGUGAAUAUCAGGAUGCUGUUGCUCUUCGCACCCUGACCCAAGCGAACCUGCGAAUCCUCUUCCCCCACAUCCCAGCUAUCGAGUUCUGCGUCUACUGGAACGAUAAAACCAUCCGCGCCGUCGUCAUCGACGUGACCCGCCUCUACUGGUCCGAACUCGGCGGGUACAGACCCAGCUGCCUCAUCCACCUCGAAUGGAAGGCCCGCACCGAGGACCCUCAGGGCAAGCUUCUCGAAGGCCACAAGAUCCUCUUCGAAGAGACCCAGACGCUUCUGAAGCAGAGACUCAUCGACCGGCUUCGAGUUUGCCGUCUCAACACGGCCUCUUCGUCUUAA